GGGUCGACCUGUCAAACUGUGUGUACCUGUCAGUUUCGCGCGUUUGAAAUCCGCAUCGCGAAUUUUCAAAGAGUCUACCUGUCAAAUGAUGUGUCAUUCGAUUUUAUGUGCAGUCUGCGCAUUUUCAUUCAUGUUUAAAGUUGCGAAUCGGUGCAAAUCAUAUGUAUGCACGACACGCACGUAUUGAUUGCAACGAUAUAACACAUCCACAACAUAUCACCGGUUGGCUCAACGUGUGAGUGCAUCUGAUAGGUUAUGUUCUACAUUGUUCAAAUUUGGCAAAAUAUUACGGUUAUCCAUUAUCAAUCAAUAAAACACACUGCCAGUUAACAUCAGUUACAUCAGUCAUCUCUACUGGUUAGAAAUAUUUGAAGAAAAAUAUGUUUAAUAGCGUAAAACAUUUCCUAAGAUAUAAUCCAAGUAAAUUUGGUUAUCAGCUACUAGCACAUUUUUCAGCGGAAACUACAGUUAAAAGCUAUCCAACAGGACGAGAAUGCUCACAAAAUGCUCAUCAACAUGCGAUAUGUGGACAACCUACAUCAACAACACAUUCUUACUUAGUAAAGCAUGGAGAAGUACUGCCAGGUAUAUCGCUUCAGGAACUUGAAAGAAGGCGUUCCAAGUUAGUAGAAAGCAUUGUGCAAACUAAGAAUAUACACAGGCAACAGAUUGUCAUCAUACCUGCGUCGACCAAGAUCUACAUGUCUGACAAAAUACCAUAUAUCUUUCGACAAAAUACAGACUUUCUCUAUUUCUCCGGGUGUCAAGAACCAGACAGCGUCUUAGUACUCACUUGCAAGGAGGAUAAGUCUGUGUUCACCUUAUUUGUGAGACCAAAGGACGAACAUUCAGAAUUGUGGGAUGGUCCUAGAACUAGCGUUGAAAUGGCAGCUGAGAUAUUUGGAACAGAUCAUGCUUUACCACUUACAAAAUUUGAACAGUUUGUGGCCUCGUUCAUCCAGGAGGAUAAGAAAAGUAUUAUAUGGUAUGAUCACGCUGAUGUUGUUCAACCGAUUUUACAUAAGAGACUAUGCCAGUUGAUUAAAUUGACGGACAAUCAAAUAUUUGCUUCUCCCAAGACUUUGUUUCAUCAAAUUCGCUUGAUCAAGAGCCCUUGCGAAAUCGAUUUGAUGCAAGAAAGCUGUCGAAUAGCUUCCGAUGCUAUUGCACAAACAAUUCGAGUUUCGAAACCGGAGAUGAGCGAACAUCAGUUAUUUGCUACCGUAGAUUACGAAUGUCGUAUGCGUGGAGCUGAACAUUUGGCCUAUCCUCCUGUCGUAGCAGCAGGCAGAAAUGCAAAUAUAAUACAUUAUAUCAGUAACAAUCAAAUUAUUCGAGCUGGUGAUUUGGUUUUAAUGGAUGCAGGCUGUGAAUAUCAUGGUUAUUCAUCCGAUAUAACAAGAACGUGGCCGAUUAGCGGAAAAUUUACACCAGAACAAAAGGUCCUUUAUGAAAUAGUACUUGAUGUGCAAAAGACUUUAAUAGAAACCUUGAAAGAUAUGCCGUCAUUGGACAAUGUAUUUCAUCAUAUGUGCUUUCUUCUGGGGAAAAGAUUACAGGAAAUUAACUUGAUACCGAAGAACAUAGACGAAGAGAAGUUAUUGGCGGCCGCAUACACGUAUUGUCCUCACCAUGUCAGCCAUUAUCUAGGAAUGGAUGUGCACGAUACAGGAAAAAUAUCCAGAAACAUAAGGAUACAACCUGGAAUGAUAAUAACCAUAGAACCUGGUGUGUAUAUAAAUCCGAAAAAUCCUCACGCACCAUCACAAUUUCAUGGAUUAGGUAUCCGUGUAGAAGAUGAUAUCUUAGUAACAGACAAUGGUCCGGAAGUUUUGACGAAACAUUGCCCGAAGGAGGUAGCGGAAAUUGAAACACUAGCGAGUCAAAAUCAAGGAUAAUAGUGUUGUCAAUUCAAAUGUCCAGUGUACAUACAUUAAAACAAUUUUUUUUACAUGUAUAUAAAAAAAUAUAAGUAUAUAUAUUAUAUAUAUACGCGAAUCUCACAUUAAUUUAUAUGCGAAUAAUUGCAACCUUGAUUUUUUU